AAUAACGGCCUUAUCGAAAAUAAAUAAGAAUUAAUUAUUAAAAAGUUUGUGUCAUAACUUUUUAUAGACGCUUAAUAUACAUAGCAUCAAAAUAUUUAUAAUAAAGGUCGAAUAGAAAAGAUUGGAUAAAAUAAACUAUCAUCUCAGAUAUAACUUAAGUUUAAGUCGAAAAAUAUUCAAUGCUCGCGUUUACGAUGCAUUUUAUAAAUUUAAUGCGAAUUUUAAAACGAGAUUUAUAUUGGUUACACAUAUUUCUAGUUAUUAUUUUUAUCUCAUGUAUAUCAGCCUCAUUAGGAGCAACUAAUAAGACAAAUACUACAUUCAAUAUAGAAAACAAUAAUCAGAGCAAUAAAUCAAAAGAUAAUAUGGAAGAUUUGAAUGUUCUAUACAACUUCUAUAUCAAAAUAAUAUACAAAUUAACUGUUGGAAUAUUUGUAAUAUUAAUCAUGUUAUGUAUAUUAUUCCUAAUAGGUGGCUUCUACUUAAUACUUCGGCGUUGCCGACGUCGUAUAUAUCGGUUCCCACCAACAACUCCCUCUAACACGAGUUUUGCGGGUGUAAGAGUUGCUAUCGGAGAGAAUGAAGUGCAACAACAACUUGUAGAGAUCUAACUACAUACAUAAGUUAACAAUGAUGUUUCGCCGUUAAUUGUAAGAUUCACUUAUAUGGAAUAUUGAUAAGAUUUCGUAAUUAUAUUAUUAAACCUAAAUAUCAAUUUCGAUUUGACAAGGCAUAUAUGCUGCUACACAAAAUAUUCAUAUUAAUAUUUAUAGCAAUGCAAUUAUUUUAUUAUUAUUUUACUCUAUUAAAUUAGAUCAAAAGGCUCCGACAAUAUAUUAACAGUAAUAAAAAUAAGUAAAAGAAUUUAAGUCAGUGCAGUAAUUCAAGCGCGGAAAGAUUUAUUGAUUAAUAAAUUUAUUUGAAACAAAAUAUAUAACAAACGAUUUGGUUCCUACAACGUGAGAUAAAAAGAAGGAAUUUAUUUGUUUUGAUCCCUGUACUGUAUGAUUUAAUUCUAAUUAUUUUUAUAAAUCUUUAUGCGUUUAAUUACUACGUUGGCUUCUUUUUCUCUAUUUUUAUU